AGAUCAUGUGAAACCCAAUGUUGGUGCUUUGCAGUGUGAUCGAUCAGCUCUUUGGCCCGUGACACUCCAAGCCAACAGUUAGCCAUCGGCCACUGUCGGGCCAUUGGUAAAUAUGUGCUGCCCUUGUCUUUGCAGUGUGUCCUGCACCAUUGGCAUUAGUCGGACCUUGUCAGCGGAGGCUUUUUGCCUGAUUCAGCAGGCUGAGUUGGUAGCAGACUACGUUGAUUAGCUGUUAAGCUAGCCUCCUUUCUUCUUCCAUAACCAAAAGACCAAGGACAGAGAAUGACAUCUCCAUCUGUAACGUCUUAGCAGCCUGCUGGUCUAGCCAAGGACAGUGUGGAAAAGGUUGCAUCUGCAAGGAAAGAGGGACUUGAUCCAGAAAGCAAUGGAGAGGAGACAUCAGAUGGAGAUAAAGAGGCAUCAGGAAGACUGGCUUCUUCCCCUACGGUAGAGGCAAUGCUCAAUGGCACCGAAUGCAACGACACAAGGCACAAGAGCCCGACACACAGCUCCCCAACAGGCAGCAACAAGACUUCACUCUUGGUAAAUGAAAAUGGCAUGCCAGACAUGGAGCCUCCGCACGGUUCUGUCACUGGAAGCAAUGGAUUCAUACUUCUUAAGCAGCAGGAAGGCUCUGCAGCGACGCCAGGUCUGGGAGUUUACCCUCACAGGACUAACCAGUUGCCUUCGGGCUCACCAACAGGGGGACACACGGCCAAAACACUCCCUGCCUCGGCAUCAGAAUGUGCACAGAGUUCAGGUGCAUUAAGGACUGACCCUAGUACAACAGGGACUACGUCGGGACAGGGGGCAUCAGACACUAAAAAUGCAAUAGCUCCAGCACCCGUCAUGAUACACAGAGCACGCAAGACUAUGUCCAGACCCGCUGUCAGCCCAGCACAAAAGCUUCUUAACAGGGAAUUAAGAGAAGCAAAGUGUGCCAAAAUGGAGACUCAUGUUGCACCUGACGCACAGAAGUCCUCACAGCAGGCCUUCUCUCAGAACCAUCUACCUCAAAGCCCACCCGAUACGUCCGCUUCAGCAGAAACAGCUUCACCAGCUCCUCCAGUACCUGCAGCUCCUCCAGUUCCAGCCCCAGCCAAGCUCCAACUAGGCUCCUUCUCCGGAGUGUUGUCAUCCCGGAAGAAGAAGAGGAGGAUGGGAACGUACAGUCUAGUUCCCAAGAAGAAAACCAAAGUGCUUAAACAGAGGACAAUGCUGGAAAUGUUUAAGGAACUACAACAGGUCACCAAGAGCCCACAGACUAAAGAGGUAGUAAAUAUAAAUGGUGAGAAGGUGGAAAAUGCAUCAGAGGAGGAAGAGUCAGAAGAGGUGGAGUCUGAGGAAGAGGAACAACCACAGCCAGCAGAAGAACCUGUCAGUGCUGUUCAGGAAGGAACACCUGAACUCAUCUCUCAGGAGGUGGGAGACGAGCCGGAGUCUGAAGAGUCUGGAGAAGAUGAGGGAGAGGAGGAGGGCACAGAGUCUGACUUGAGCACAGAGUCCAGUCUGAAGAAGAAGUUGAAAAAGAAAACAAAAGGAGACAGCGCUUGGCUCAGACCAUCCAGGAAACGAAAGAGGAGGCUAAAGGCCAAAGAAUCGGAGGCGGUGGUUCAGCCUGAGGCCCACUCAGGCGAUGGGGAGGAGUACACACAGAUUCCCCCACCUGAGUCUGUCAGCCUCAGCAAGCCCCAAGAGCCCACAGCUCCCUCACAGAACAAAGGCAUUUCAGGGACAGCAGUCGAGGAGGCCCAGGAGCUUCCUCUGUGCAGCUGUCGGAUGGAGACGCCCAAGAGUCGAGAGAUUCUCAUCUUGGCAGACAGGAAGUGUAUGGCCACAGAGAGUGUUGAUGGACAGCUGACCCGCUGCCAGGGUGCCAUACUGAAACAUGAAAUGAUGCGACCCUCCAACUCUGUUCAGCUGCUGGUUCUGUGCGAGGACCACCGCAAUGGCAUGGUGAAGCACCAGUGCUGCCCUGGCUGUGGCUUCUUCUGCAGAGCUGGCACCUUUAUGGAGUGCCAGCCAGACAUCAGCAUCUCUCACCGUUUCCAUCGCGCUUGUGCCUCGAUGCUGAAAGGUCAAAGCUUCUGUCCCCACUGUGGAGAAGAGGCAAGCAAGGCCAAGGAAGUCACCAUCGCCAAGGCUGACACCACCUCCACUGUGCCUCCCGCACUUACACAUGGACCUGCUACACCUGGGGCCCCCGAGGGCCGCGCAGACACCACUACUGGCAGCUCUUCUCACCUGGCUGUCAGGGCAGACAUCAGCGGCAGGGCCGACAGCUCAUUGUCAGUUCAUUCUGCACAUGGACUCGACACUUCUGCUGUUCCUGGGUCAUCUAGAACGACAGCGCUGCAGGCUGGGACUGGAACAACGGCCGCACCUACAGUCCUUCCAGGACCACCUAGAGAGACUCUAGAGGGCAUCCUGGUAGCUCUUGACACAGAAAAACCCAAGAAGCUGCGUUUUCACCCCAAGCAACUUUACCUCUCAGCCAAACAGGGAGAACUCAAAAGGGUCUUGCUCAUGUUGGUGGACGGUAUCGACCCUAACUUUAAGAUGGAAUCUCAGAACAAACGUACCCCGCUCCAUGCUGCAGCUGAAGGAGGAUACAAGGACAUUUGUGACAUGCUUGUACAAGCUGGUGCAAACUUAGACAUGUGUGAUGAAGAUCAGCGGACGCCACUGAUGGAGGCCUGUGAGAACAACCACAUGGACACGGUCCUGUACCUCCUAAGAGCUGGCGCCAGCGCCAUGCACAAGGAUGUUGAAGGGUUCACAUGUCUCCAUCUAGCGGCAAAGUCUGGUCAGUACAAGAUUGUUGAGCACCUUCUGUCCACAGGACUGAUCAACAUCAACUGUCAGGACGAUGGAGGCUGGACAGCCAUGAUCUGGGCAACAGAGUACAGACAUGUGGACCAGGUGAAGCUGCUUCUGUCCAACGGAGCUGACAUAAACAUCAGGGACAAGGAAGAGAACAUCUGCCUUCACUGGGCAGCGUUCUCUGGCAGUGUGGAGAUCGCUGAGCUGCUGCUGAAUGCUCGCAGUGAUCUGCAGGCUGUCAACAUCCACGGAGACUCUCCUCUACACAUCGCUGCUCGGGAGAAUCACCUGGAUUGUGUCACGCUUUUCCUGUCUCGAGGAGCAGAUGUGUUCCUCAAGAACCGCGAGGGAGAAACUCCUUCAGACUGCUGCAACCACAAUUCAAAGUCUUGGGCAGCCCUGCAGGCUAACAGGAAGGAGAGGGAUGCCAAGAACAUCAGGCUCAGUCGCGCAGAGGAUAAAGUCCUUCACAGUGACAUAGCUCUGGGGCAGGAGAAAGUUCCCAUCCCCUGUGUCAAUGCUGUCGACAGUGAACCCUACCCAGAUGACUACAAAUACAUCCCGGAAAACUGUGUCACCUCUCCCAUGAAUAUUGACAGAAACAUAACACACUUACAGUACUGUGUUUGUAAAGAAGACUGUUCAGCAAGUAUCUGCAUGUGUGGACAACUCAGCCUGCGUUGUUGGUAUGACAAGAGUGGGCAUCUUCUCCCUGAAUUCUGUCGCGAGGCACCUCCCCUCAUCUUUGAGUGUAACCAUGCGUGUUCCUGUUGGAGGACCUGCAAGAACCGUGUGGUGCAAAAUGGAAUCAGGACCAGGCUUCAGCUUUUCAGGACCAGUAAGAAGGGUUGGGGUGUCCGGGCACUGCAAGACAUACCACAGGGAAGCUUUGUAUGCGAGUAUGUAGGCGAGAUAAUCUCUGACGCAGAAGCAGAGAUGAGGCAAAAUGAUGCUUACCUGUUCAGCCUAGAUGAUAAGCCACAAGACCUGUACUGCAUUGAUGCCCGUUUCUAUGGAAACAUCAGUCGCUUUCUCAAUCACAUGUGCGAGCCCAACUUGUUUGCCUGUCGAGUGUUCACAACACACCAGGACCUUCGUUUCCCACACAUUGCCUUUUUUGCCAGUGAAAACAUAAAGGCUGGAGAGGAGCUCGGAUUUAAUUACGGUGACCACUUCUGGGAAGUCAAAAGCAAGCUGUUCAGCUGCGAAUGUGGUUCUUCGAAAUGCAAGUAUUCGUCAGCAGCCACGGCAUCGCUGCAGGCGGACAGCACACCGGAGGACCAGCAGCAGCCCAGCGCAUCACCUGACACCAGCUCUUCCAACAGUCCGUCCAGUCCUUCAUAAAGCUCUCCUCAUACUAAGCUUGGCUACACAAACAGGACAUGCAGGGACGCCUGCCUCCAUUGUCCGUGGACAGUGCACUUGUACUGUAUCUCCACUUCUGAGUAAAACAAUGGACCAUCAGUCUUCAUGAGAAAUAUUGCGACACAGACCCAGAUGCACAAUCAAAUGGUGGAAGAAGUUGCUGCUCUGUUGUUGCACAUUGUGUAACAUGAAUAGCAGGGGACAGUGAUGUCACGCACAGCAAGCAUCACGGGGACUAUGCUAGACUCUACACUUCAUAUGUAACUGUACUGGGAAGGCGAUCUGUGCAUUUUGUCUUUGUCUUUUUUUAAGCCACUUGGUUGACAUUAUCAAAAUUUCUUAGUCAUGAUCAAGACCUUUUGGGGUUGGGGGGCGAGUGUAUCGUCGUCUUUUGCAAAGACAACCUCAGCACACAGCUGGGGUUAACUGACCUUUGUGGUCAUUUUUCAUGAACCAUUC